AUGACAGAGCAAGAGUUUUGCCGAUGUAUGCGUACCGGAUUGCCUAUUACACGACAACAGAAAUUCAUUUGCGAGGGCGAACGAUUGAUGAUGAGCAACGAGGUUCAGUUGCUCGAUCUGGAAGAUCGAACGUCUGAACUCAUAUCCAGUCUGGAUCAGAUCAAUCAAGAUCUGAACAGUUUCGAUGUCGUCACACGACAGAAAUUGGAACUGAUUCGGUCCGAUUAUCCCCUACGAUCGUGCCCGCACAAGCUGGAUCCACGACACCUUGAAAGUCCUCACAUCCUACUCCUCGGUCCGCCCAACACGAGUCCCGAAACCACCUCCGGAAACCAAAUCACGACGAGCAACAAUCCGCCUCAAUCCAAUGGGACCGUUGAAUCCUUACUAGACGCGGAUAUGGACGAGCAGACCAAUCAGAUGUUACCCACACCGAUUCUUCCCUCACCAUACAAACAUAAUUGA